GAAGAGCAGUCGAGAUGUCGUCUCAAAGCAAUAAUACGACGCUCAAGAUUCUUCAGGACAUCGUAAAAAUCAUCGUCGAUGAAAACGUCCUUGAACCACCCGAAAAUCAUCCCGUUGUCGAGUUUCUACAACCUGAGGAAUUGAAGAAUGAGCUGUCCGUGGAUCUGGGCGAGGAUGGGACGAGUCAUGACGAGCUGGACAAGGUGCUCAGACAGAUUGCCCGCUACUCAGUGAAGACUUCGCAUCCAAAUUUCCACAAUCAGCUCUAUGGCGGGGUUGAUUCGUACGGCUUGGCCGGAGCUUGGCUGACCGAGGCCCUCAACUCGAGCCAGUACACCUUCGAGGUGGCUCCGGUCUUCACUCUCCUUGAAUGCGAAGUUCUUAGAGUCGCUUUGGCCCUCUUCGGGUACCCGAAGCAUCCCGAAGGCGACGGGAUCCUGUGUCCAGGCGGUAGUAUCGCCAACAUGUAUGGGAUGGUUUUAGCUCGGUACAAAAGGCUGCCGGAGGUGAAGACCAAGGGUCUGAGCGGGUCACCGCCACUCGCCUGUUUCACAAGCCAGGCUGCCCACUACUCCAUAAAAAAAGGGGCCCAUUGGCUGGGUCUGGGAACCGAAAGCGUCUACCAGAUAAAAACAGACGACAAGGACCGCAUGCUUCCAGGAGAAUUGAAGAAAGCCAUUGAGCAGGCCAGAAAAGAUGGAAGGCUGCCGUUUUUCGUCAAUGCAACGGUAGGCACAACCGUGCUGGGCGCGAUUGACCCGUUGAAUGAAAUCGCUGAGAUCUGCAAGGCAGAGAACGUUUGGUUGCACGUUGACGCCUGCUUAGGAGGGACUCUUGUUCUAUCCGGGGAACGUCGGGACCGACUGAUCGGCGUGGAGAUGUCAGACUCCGUUUCAUGGAAUCCGCACAAGCUGCUAGGAGCUCCACUGCAGUGUUCGUUGUUCCUGGUGAAGGGCGAGGGUUCUUUGCACAAGGCGAACAGCGCGGCGGCGAAUUACCUCUUUCAGCAAGAUAAGUUCUACGACGUCUCUUGGGACACCGGAGACAAGAGCGUUCAAUGCGGUCGCAAGGUUGACGCCCUCAAGUUGUGGCUGAUGUGGAAAGCCAAGGGCACCAAUGGACUCAGGAGAGCUGUCGACCAUGCGGUUGCGGCGGCCAGGUACUUCCAAAAUCAGAUAGCAGCUCGCCGUGGAUUUCGCCUUGUCAUCCCUGAGGCAGAGUGCAGCAGCGUUUGCUUUUGGUACAUUCCACCGAGCAUGAGAGGCCUCGAGGAGACGGAUGAAUGGCGAGAAAAGCUCUACAAGGUGGCACCGAAGAUUAAAGAACGGAUGGUCAUGGAUGGUUCAUUAAUGCUUGGAUAUACUCCUCUGAGUCACAAAGGGCUUGGUAAUUUUUUCAGGAUGGUCGUCACUUGUACUCCUGAAGCCAAAGAAUCUUCCAUGAAUUUUGUCAUACAACAAAUAGAGAAGUUCGGUCAAGAUUUAUGAUA